AUGGACAAGCUUCCGAAGCGCGACGCCAACUACGUGCCCCUGAGUCCCGUCACCUUCCUGCCGCGCGCCGCCGCCGUCUACGCCGACCGCACCUCGGUCGUGUGCGGCCGCACCGUCUUCACCUGGCGCCAGACGCACGACCGCUGCCUCCGCCUCUCUGCCGCGCUCCAGGCACUCGCUGUCAGCCGGAACGACGUCGUCUCCGUGCUCGCGCCCAACUCGCCGGCGCUCUACGAGAUGCACUUCGCGGUACCCAUGGCCGGCGCGGUCAUCAACGCCAUCAACACCCGCCUCGACGCCGCCGGCGUCGCCGCCAUCCUGAAGCACGCCGCCCCUAAGCUCCUCUUCGUCGACUACCAGUACACGCGCGUGGCCACAGACGCCCUCAAGAGCAUCACCGCGGCGUCCCUGCCGCUGCUGGUGGUGAUCGACGACAUCGAGGCGCCGACGGGGGUGCGGGUGGGGGAGCUGGAGUACGAGAAGCUAGUGGCGCGCGGUGACCCGGCAAGGCACCCGCCGCGCGACGUGCUGGACGAGUGGGACGCCGUCGCGCUCAACUACACCUCCGGCACGACGUCGGCGCCCAAGGGCGUCGUGUACAGCCACCGCGGGGCCUACCUGAGCACCGUGGGGCUGCUCCUCCAGUGGGGGGUGGGACACGAGCCGGUCUACCUCUGGUCGCUACCCAUGUUCCACUGCAACGGCUGGACAUUCACGUGGGGCGUGGCGGCGCGCGGCGGCGCCAACGUCUGCGUCCGCGCGCCCACGGCCGACGCCAUGUACUCCGCCAUAGCCGACCACGGCGUCACCCACAUGUGCGCCGCGCCCGUGCUCUUCAACGUCCUCCUGGACGCCCACCGCGAGCCGUUGAGCCGCGCUGUGGAGGUGCUCACCGGUGGCGCGCCGCCGCCCGCCGCGCUGCUGGAGCGCGUGGAGCGGCUGGGGUUCCACGUCACGCACGCAUACGGCAUGACGGAGGCCACGGGACCGGCUAUGGUGUGCGAGUGGCGGGAGCGGUGGGACGUGCUGCCGGCGCCGGAGCGCGCGGCGCUCAAAGCGCGGCAGGGCGUGAGCGCGCUCUCCCUCGCCGGCGCCGACGUGAAGGACCUCAAGACUAUGGCGAGCGUGCCCCGCGACGGCGCCACACUCGGCGAGAUCGUGCUGCGCGGAAGCAGUGUCAUGAAGGGGUACCUCAAUAACCCGGAAGCGAACGAGAAGGCGUUCAAGGGCGGGUGGUUCCUGACCGGCGACGUGGGCGUGGUGCACUCGGACGGGUACGUGGAGAUCAAGGACCGGUCAAAGGACGUGAUCAUCUCCGGCGGCGAGAACAUCAGCAGUGUCGAGGUGGAGUCAGCGCUGUACGGCCACCCGGCGGUGCAGGAGGUGGCGGUGGUCGCCAUGCCGCACCCGCACUGGGGCGAGACGCCGUGCGCAUUCGUGGCGCUCAAGAAGGAGUUCGACUCCGGCGCCGGCGAGGUGAGCGAGGAGGAGCUGGUGGCCUUCUGCCGGAGCAAGAUGUCGCACUUCAUGGUGCCGAGGAAGGUGGUGUUCGUCCAGGAGCUGCCCAAGAACGCCACGGGGAAGGUGCAAAAGCUCGCGCUGCGCGACAGGGCCCGUGGGCUCAGGCCCAGAGCUGCGGACAAGAAGAGGCCCGACCCGUCCCGUCCCGCUACCACGGCUGCACUACUGUCCAAGCUUUGA